GCUACUUUAAAAUCCUUGGAUCAGCUGAGAACAAGUUUGUCGAAAUUUAUUUUAUAUUAUACGACUAAGUAAUAUUGCCCUUCAAACGACCAAAAGUGAAUGCUCUUCUACGCCUUCUAAUUUUACUGUUGUAAUGUCAAAUGACAGAAGCAAUGCUACAUAAUGUUAGCCAUGUGGUUUCAACUUUCUAAGUUUUCAUAACAAAAUGGUUAGUGUUUUGUUUAAUUAAUUAAUAGUUUUAACACAAAUUAGUGUUCAUAACAUGAAGUUUACAUAAUCUAAUGCGUUACUUAAUGUAACAUUGAGUAAAACUGGAUCAUUUGUGGUUAAAAUCAACAAACAUCGGAAGAGUACUGGAACCAUGGACGGUCCAAAGGGAUCGUGUGAAGAGAGGCUAGCAGACAACUGCCAGUGCGAGGGAGAGGUCACUAUUAAAAGCAAGAGGCAUGGCAGGGGUGCCGUCGAAUCUGGACUUACACACGAAUGUGGCGUUUUCGGCGCCAUCGGCACCGGCGAGUGGCCCACGCAGGUCGACGUGGGGCAGGUCAUCUGUUUGGGACUCGUGGCCCUCCAGCACAGAGGCCAGGAAUCAGCCGGCAUCGUGACGUCAGAGGGCAAGAGCGCCCGCACAUUCAACUCUCACAAGGGCAUGGGGCUCAUCAACAACAUAUUCAACGAUGAAGCCAUGAAAAAGCUUAAGGGGAACCUCGGUAUUGGUCACACUAGAUACUCGACGUCGGCAGCAUCUGAGGAGGUGAACUGCCAACCGUUCGUAGUGCACACAGCGCACGGCGCGCUCGCCGUGGCACACAACGGCGAACUCGUCAACUGCUCCAGUCUUAGGAAGAUGGUACUUGGCCGAGGCGUAGGCCUCUCCACUCACUCGGACUCGGAACUGAUCACACAGGCGCUGUGCCUCAACCCCCCUGAGGGCGAGACCGACGGCCCGGACUGGCCGGCUAGGAUCAACCAGCUCAUGAGGUUGGCGCCCCUCAGUUACUCUCUGGUGAUAAUGCUGAAAGACAAAAUAUACGCCGUGAGGGAUCCGUACGGCAACCGGCCGCUCUGCCUCGGCAAGAUUCUGCCCCUAGGCUCCUCAUAUGCCUACAAAAACUCAUCAGAACGCCAUAACGAGGUUUUGAUGAACGGCAGUGCAAAGAACGGCAUAGACGAUAAAGCGGAAGGUUGGGUGGUGUCGUCAGAGUCGUGUGGAUUCUUGUCUAUUGGCGCCCGAUACGUACGCGAAGUGCUCCCCGGCGAGAUAGUGGAGAUGUCUCGGCACGGAGUCCGCACCGUGGACGUGGUGGAGCGGCCCGCGGACAAGCAGCAGGCGUUCUGUAUAUUCGAGUAUGUGUACUUCGCAAGAGCCGACUCCAUGUUCGAAGGUCAAAUGGUGUACUCUGCGCGUAUGCAGUGCGGCCGUAUGCUGGCCCGAGAGUCUCCCGUCGACGCCGACAUCGUAUCGUCCGUGCCUGAAUCGGGCACCGCUGCGGCGCACGGCUACGCUAGACAGUCCGGUAUUCCGUUCAUGGAAGUCCUAUGCAAGAACCGCUACGUUGGCCGCACGUUCAUCCAGCCGUCCACCCGGCUGCGCCAGUUAGGCGUGGCCAAGAAGUUCGGCGCGCUCUCGGAGAACGUCAACGGCAAACGCAUUGUGCUCAUUGACGACUCUAUAGUGCGAGGGAACACUAUUGGACCGAUUAUUAAGCUGCUUAGAGACGCGGGAGCCGCUGAGGUGCACAUCAGAAUAGCGUCCCCGCCCCUGAAGUACCCAUGCUACAUGGGCAUCAACAUACCCACGCGAGAGGAGCUCAUCGCGAACAAGAUGGAAGCGCCAAAGCUCGCCAAACAUGUCGGUGCCGACAGUCUCGAAUACCUGAGCGUUGAGGGCCUCGUGAGCGCCAUCCACUACAACAUGAAGUCGACGCCGAGCGACGGCGUGGGCGGGCACUGCACCGCCUGCCUCACCGGCGACUACCCCGGGGGCCUGCCGGAGGCCGACUGGUGAACUGUGGGGUAGGCUCGGAUCCAUUAACCUUCUUACCGUAUGUCUUCUUGAACAAUCGCGUCCCUCCAACAUUUAGGAGGGGGCUGAAUGCCAGCAUGUUUAAGACACAUAUACAUAUAAGUACAACUAGACAUUUACUGUUUCCUAAAAGUACACAGAGUACAUAAUUAAGAACUUAUUUUGUAUACAUUUUCCAUUUACGUUGUGCCUUAUUUUUACACACUGUGCCUUAUAUACUUUUUAAGUAUAACACGUAUUUUUUAGAGUAAGUAUUGUCGUGCUGGUUUCGACUUAAAUGAAUAGACAUAUUUUUUGUUGAUUACAGUAAAAUUUUGUUAAAUUAAUAUUAGACGCAGUAUAAGAGCUGAUUGACAACGCGCGAACUCGCAUGCGAUUUUAGUUACAUUGCGGACUGUUGGUUACGUCCAAUUCAACCGAUCGAUCAAAAACCGCAAUGUAAUGAAACUCGCAUACAAGUUCUCGCAUCGUCUAACUGAACCUUAAUUGAUAUUACAGCGGCCAUAAGUAACAUCACGAUUGACUGUUUGAAUAAGUUUUAAAGUUAAUACGGGCCAGCCACACUUAGCCGUAUCGACUUUAAUAUGUGUAGUUUCCAAGCAAAAAGUCCCACUCUGUCGCUUGCCAUAAGCCAUAAGGACGCUUUGACAGGUUAUUCGUAUAAAGAUACAAGCAAAUAUCUUCCUUAUGGUAAGCGAUAAAGUGGACCUUAGACUAGACUUCGAGACAUAAUAAUAAUAUAUUAUGUCUCGAAGUCUAGUCUAGGGUCCCACUUAAAUAAACAAAAACAAAAAAUAAAUAAAACAAAUAACAAACAAAUUCAAAAACAAAAUAACUGUUUCUGGGUCUUGGCUUUGGCUCUGGGCAGGGGUGCGAAACUCCUGACUUCGGCCAAACUCGGCUCCGCUCGGCUCAGCAUUGCUCCGAGCAAUUAUUAGGGUUGGCACCACUUGACUUCCUUUUGCGUGCACGACCACAGAUAAGAUAAUCACUUGAAUUUUGACAACCCUAAAUAGCCGAAAGGGAUAGUGCCAUAUAUUAGAAAGGGAUAGCAUGAUUCGACCCUGAACCGCUGUCAAACUUCGGUUUUGUAGGAAGUUUCCUUUCUGUACGGCAGUACUAUUAUUUAUUCUGUGCUCUGGGCUUUGGUAGCGAUAUUGCCGACGAACCGAUUGUCAGAAUUUUGUUGUGCAAUUUAGUAUCUUCUGUACACAGGACACUGGCUUUAAGGGCCUGUUUAAACAUUGAUUCGUGUUUAGUGCGAUUAUACCUGCAUUUAGCAACAAAUGUAUAAACACGCACUAUAGUUUAGUCUAUCAAUGUGUAAACGUCAGGGACCAAAUCUUGUGCUUGCAAGUGGGCUAGCAAAAUUUUACUGUAAUAUAUUUUUUAUUAAUUAUAACUAAUUUAAGGGUAACCCUCAAAUUGAUUCCUGUUUAUCUAAUAAAAUAAUGUACGUACAUAUUUUGUAAUCUAAUAAUUUAGUUUUUUUAUAGAAUAUUUGUGUCGUAGUAUAUUAAAAUUGCUCAAGUGUACGUCAAAUAACGUCUGUCAAAUCUUGAAGGCUUAGGUAAUUUUGAUAUGCGUUUAUAGUUAGAAUUUUUUGAGAUAUUCUAAUGUUACGGAACCAUUAGGACAUCUUAAAAAUUCUUACUACACAAUUGUACUUGCAUAUGGGUACUAAAAAUAAGUACCGUAUUUGCUAUAUAUAGUACAGUGAUUGCUGCGUUUUCGGCAGGUGUCUGACCAGCGGCGAUAGAGCGAUUACAAGUCGAUUAUUUUCAAGAAACGUCGUGCAUGCACUUAUCCUGUAUCAAUAAAAGAUACAUUUUAUCGGAUCGUUGUCUGUUUACAUUGCUAGCAAGUAAAAAUAGUGAGUCGUUCCGUCGGUCGGGCAUUUGCCUUAGACUGUAGCUACUAAAAUUGAUCUAAGAUAAUUCUCGAAUGGUUAGAUCUGACAUUAAAGUUCAUGGAUUUAAUGUUUAAUAAAUAUAUUGAAUAAAUGAUCGUGUCAAUUUAUAAUUUUUACAUGUUUUGCUUAAAUUAUGGACCAUAACAGUUACACAUUUUUACUGGUUCAUUAUCAGAUUACUAUUGUUUUAAAUUAAGUCUAUUAAUAAAAAUGCAUCCAUAUUUUAGAGUAAAGAACGUAAAAGCGAUUGUAGACCUUGUUAAAAGGGUAUACGGUUUAAAUAUCGUUGCCAUUUUUUAUACAAUAUAGUAAGAUUCACCAAAACAGAUGUGAAAUGAUCGAAGAAGCAAGUACGUCAAAUACUUAUUUAUUUUUUUGUCAUUUCAUUUGCGUCUUUGGCGACUCGAUGUGUAAAAUUGUAAAUGGCUACAUUGCGUAGUUGUAUCUUUAUUACAUUUCCAACUCUAUAAACUGGCUAAUAGAGUAUAAAUUGCAACGCGUUGCGUGCGAUCAGUUGACAGUAGCUGUAAAUUAAGUACAUUCCACCCUAUUGGUAUAGAAUAAGUUGUUGUACAAAUGUACAACUAUUAUUAUUGAGAAUGAAUUAAAUCAUUUAUUUGUAAUUA